ACCGGAAGUGGAUACCGAGGGAAAAUGGCGGCGCCAAAUAUGAUUUCCAAAAACAAAAAAGCAAAAUGACAAGAAUUCCAAUAACAACUGAAUAUACCGGAAUGAAAAAUGUCAUCAACAAGUCAAAACUGUCAAGCAGUCUUCCUAAUAGAUACUUUUUCAGAAGAUGCUCUUGAUAUUUCUUUGCAAUAUUCAAGAACGCUUACUUUGUCUAUUUUCCGAAUCUUAUGUCAUCUCUCUGCUGAUUUUCCUCAGAAUACAAAACAGAAAAGAACAAAGCACAAUUUACUGAAAUGGGGUUUUAAAUUUUUCGAUUCACGUUUACAUUGUCUUAAGGUUGAAAAAUAUAGCUUUAAAGAAUUUAAGUUGAAAUAUUUCGAGGAAUUUGAAAGAGAGUUGCUGAAGAGAAUAAAACUUGUGCAGAAAAAUAUUGAUGCAAAAUCUUCCUGCAGAAAAGUCAGUAUAAUAUCUCCGUCUGAUUGUUUAACUAGAUCCUUAACUGAACUGACACAUGACUUUGAGUGGGAAACACCUGAUCUCUUUUCACCAGUCAAAAGACGCAAAAUUCAUCAAAAGAAGGGAUCACUUAGUCUUGAUACAGAACAGCCUUCAGGAAAUUAUGUGUUCAUGUUUACGAAAUGUCCAAAGUCUGCAGCAAGUUUACGCCAAUUUGCCAAGAAAAGAGUUUUGGAUUCUGAUGUCUUCUUGGAUUCAUUAAUGCCAACAUAUUUGUUUUCUAAAUUUUGUGAUGGACUGAAGUUAAAGUUGGUUUGGAUUGAUACAGACUUUAAAGUACAUGAUAAUAGUUUUGACAUUCAGAGCCUCAAACUUGUAGAAGAUGCUAUAGAAAAAAUAAAUGGCAAAGUUAUACCUAUUGAUGCAGUUAUACAAUAUGGAAAACAACCAUUAUCCUGCCUUAGUAUCCAGAAUAUUGGUAUUGUAAAGGAUGAAAAUGAAGAGGGAGGAAAGAAAAAAGAAUUCAGUAAUGCUAUUUUACCAUUUACCACAGUUUUUGAAUUCUACUUCUCAAGGAACAGUAAAAAAUACCUAGCCAAUACCAGCUGUAAGGGCUCUAGUCAUCAGGGUAUAUUGAUGUAUAAUGAUUUACAAUUGUGCCAGCUUGAUAUACAGGUUUUACAGAAAACUCUUAGAAGAGAUAAUAUAAGUAGACCUAGUGAUGGGACUGAGAGUUGUGUAGCAUUAAAUCUACCAAGUGUUGAUGGAGAGAUUACAGUACAGUAUAACAAACUAGAUUUACUACAGAAUUUGACAGUAUUAGAAGUGUAUUGUACUUUACAUCAUUCUUCAUCACUUUGUUCUCACAACGAGGAAUUGUUUAUCUGUGUGGGAACCAGUACUGAUUCCUGUAAAUCUCAAAGAUCUUCCAUGUUUCAGAAUAUAAUAUCUCAGCUCUUAGAUGGAAAAUUUGACCUUGUGUUGUUGGCAAAAGAUUUAUCAAAGUUUUUCCUCCUGAAACCAUUAACAUCUGUAUCAGCAACCUUGACCCCAGUGUCAACAGAGGUCAUUUUAGAGGUUGAAAAACAGCUGGUUAAAAAGAAAGACAAACCCUUUGCAGCCGAGGAUAUUGAGAAACCAGCCAAAACCAAUGUAAAAGACUGGCAGGGAUUAAUGUCAAAGUUAUGUAGCAGUAAAAUACCAAAUUUCAAACAAGAAAAAAACACUGAUGAAAAGAAAAGUUCCAUUGGAGGAGUAUUUAAUCCAAGAUGUGUAGAUAAAACCCAUCUUCCAGGUUGUCAGGCACCAUUUAUCACCUUAAUUGAUAAACUUAAUGAAAGAAUUUCCCAGUUAGAGUUUCUAUCUGACAGUGAAGUUAAGACAUUGAGACAGUUACAGAAAAUGUACCAUAUAGAAAGUCGUCCACCAAAACUUAUUGAUCAUACACCACAACGCCAAGGACUUGAUGUCACACAAGACAAUGAUAAAACCAAUAUGCACUCCGAUGAUAUUCUAUUGAAAGAUGAUAAAAGGAAGGAUUCUGUACCAUCACGAGGACAGAUGAUUCUUACACGCAGUAAACAGGCAGUUAAAGAAAAAGUAGAGGAACCCAAUAAACAAACAGAAGGGGUAACAGUUAAAAGUAAACCAGUUGUUGACACACCCACUAAUGUUGAUUUUAAAGAUGAAAAUGAGCUUAAACAAUAUUUGUGCACAAUGUAUGAUAGAAAUGUGAAUGAAGAUAGUUGUUCAUCAUAUGCAGCAGUACAGCCAUUAGUUACGAUAACUUUAUAUUAUAUGAGAGAAUCAGGAAAAGACAACCCACAGGAGUCUUGCGAGCAGUUGUUAAAAUCUGGAAUAAUCUUAUCCCCAGAAAGUUUACGUGAAAAACAUCAAAAUGAAGAUGACAAACAGAUGAAGAUUAGGGAAUAUCAACUACAGAUAGUCCUAAGAUUAGAAGUUCAGUCGAUGAUACAUGGAGGAGAUCAGAAUGCAUCUGUCUUAGAAGAUAAAGUAGAUGAGAUAGUAACCUUACUAAGAACCAUCAGUUUUAUAACAGAACCAAAAUUGCUGUCAGAGUUCAUGAAAAAUUGUUUGGUGGAAAAUUUUAUUCACAACUUACCCCAGAUGUUGGGUAGUAUUUAUGAUGAACUAAUGCAACCUUAUCCUGCUGAACUGGAGUCCAUACUGUCACCAGAUCAGAGUGCUGGAGACUCGUCAGUAUUCAACCAAUCAAUGCAGAGCUGUGGAGGAGAUGUGAGCCUGUCACAACCACCGUCAAAUGUAUCAGAUGUACUCAUUGAUAGAGCUGAGAGAAAAAGUAGCAGGUCCAGAAAGCUUAUACACCAUCCAAGUCUUGCUGAUUUUGGACCUAAAAGACAGAUAGUAGUAGAUACUAAAUCAGGAAAAGAGAAAGACCAGAAAACAAACACAAAGCACAAAAGGAAAGAAAAAGAUAGAGAGAAGAGGAAAUUAGAGAGAAGACAGUCAGUUGCUGUCAUGGAAACAGUGAAGAACUCAGCAAAGAAGAAGACUAAAGCUGCUCAUAUUCUGAAAAGUCCUAAAUAUAUGAAAUCAUCUUAUAGAAAACUUGUGUCUGAGACACCAUCUCAUAAACAGAAAAGUCAGAAUAUGUGGAAAAGGUUGGAAAAAGAACGUAGAAGAACUCAAAGCGUGAUUGAUGUAAAAGUGGUCGCUGAAUCUCCUGUCAAAUUAGAUGUUGUGGAAAAACUGAGUCCAUCUCAGAAAAAACAAGCUGUAAGAAGAUCAUUUUACUCUGCAGGACCUGUUAAUAGAUCUCGUAGCUUAACAAACAGCCUUGAACUUGCUGACAGAAUUGCUGGCAGGACUAGCAACUUUGUAAAAAAAGCAAAAAGACAAAGUUUAUUUAACUUGAAGUCACCUGACAGAAACUCUUCGUUUUUAUUGUCUCAGUUGAUGAGUAGUCCAGGUUCAGUCAGAAAAACUCCUGGCAAAAAAUUAUCAUUGAGCAAAGCAUUGCAGUCACCGUGCCAGAAUACGCGAUCAAAAACACCAAGUAAAGCUUUGUCAUCUCAAAAAUCUCUUUUUAAAGAGAAAAGUCCAAAGAGAUCAAUAAAGAAGCUGUCAUUCACACCUGUGAAAAUGUCAUCCCAAGAAGUCCUUAUACCAGAUUCACCAUGUCUAAAUACAAGGUCACACACUCCAAAUAAAGGUCAGAGGGUCACUGGUACACCUUCACGAUCACUAACAACAAAUACCUUACUCAUGUCACCAAGUCAGAAUACAAGGUCCAAAAUUGUGUGCACACCUACAAGACAUAGUGUUAAAGCUAAACUUUUCAUGAAAAGUCCAGAACAUAAAACAGGAAAUAAAACUCCAGUGAAAUUUGCAUCACCUCGUAAUCCACAAAGAGGAAAAAGAGCUCUGAAUUUAAAUGAUGUUGAGAUUGAGACAAAUGAUGCUAUUGUGGUCUUGACCAAUCAAAAUUUAGGAGCCACAGAACAAUUAUCAGCUUAUCAAAUUGAGACCAAGUCUGAGAAAGAAAUUAUUAUCCAACCUCAAGCAGAGAAAACGCCAUCACCAACAAAAAGAAUGGUUGUAAAAACACCUAGCUCAAUAGAUAGUUGGCCACGAAAGAAGAAAUGGACAAAAAUUAAAUAUAGCGAAAGUCCAAAAAUUAAAACAGAUGAACCAAACUUUGUGGAAGAAAAUGGUUCAUUGAAAAGUUCUCAGUCAAAUGGUAGUAGUUCUGGUGAUGAUGAGGUUGGAAUAAGGAUCAAUGAUAAACUAGAUACAGAUGAUAGACUACAGCUGGAUAUCAAUAAUGAGAAAUCUAAAGAUUUCAUGUUUUGUAAGCCUAGGACUUCUUCCAAAAGAAGCUUAGCAGUUUCCCCUGAAGGUAAAACUUAUGAUUCCCCAGCUAAACGAAGGUGUUUUUCUCCAUUGAAGAACAACAUAAAAAAACAAGACAUGAGUUCUGUAACUCUUGAUAAUGAUGAGAAAAUACUACUGAAAACAUUUGGAAAACGAAAUUUGAGUUUAUCACCGGAAAAGUCCUUAUUAUCACCAAAUAAAAGACAGAGAAUUUCUUUGAAAUCAAUUGAUUCACCAAAACAGGGGUUUUCCCUCCAUUCACAGCUACUUUCAAAGAAUCUCACUGACACAUCUGACGUGUUAUCUAGUCAGGGCUUUGACACAAAUGUUCUGAAUUCACAAGGUAGUUUUAAGUCACAAGACUUUCUUUCUCUAACAAGUAAUGAGUCAGUGGAAUAUUUCUCGGCUUCAAAUGAUGAAGUCUUCCUAUCACCAACCAGAAGGUCAAGAAAUCUAGCCUCUUCACAAAGUCAGGAAACUGAAAAUGCAAAAUUAACAGAUUUAUCAAAUAUAUCAUUUGUAAGAACAGAUUCACCUGUAUUUGGUUCUUCAAAAAAGAAAAAGCUUGAGAAAAGACUAAAAAGUAUUGAAAUAGUUGGUGAGCAAGAUGUGGAAGGCAAUUCGAAAAUAAUUAAAAGUCCUUGUUCAAAAGUGCUGCAGUCAGAAGAUGGGAGUUCUAAAAUUUCACCAUCUGCCAGGAAAUACUCGCCAAGUGUAUCAGCUAAAAGUCUCUGUCACUUAAUUAGCUCCCCUAUCCUGAACUCUCCUGCUACAAGAGAAGGAAAAGAAGAUGGUAGUCCUAAAAUAGAUCAAGACAGUUUAAACGUUAGAAGACAAAAAAUGUCAGGAAGAAUAAGGAGAUCAUUAAUGCAGAACUAAAAUAUUUUUCACAAUACAGUACCGGUAGUUGAUUAUGUAAUAAUAAAAGGUUAUUUUUCAUUUAAAACCACUUACAUUUGAAAAUUUAAAUAAUGACAAAUGUGCCUGAUUUUUAUAAACACUUUGCUAAUCAACUCAAAACUGUUUUUUAUAUCCGAAAAUUGUUUACUGGUUUGUAUCCUAGUAAAUUCGCCAAGCCAACUGUUAUCUUUCAAUAAGUAUAAUAUUUUGGCUGUUGAUAGUUAUAUCUAACAAAUGUGAAUUUUAAUAGUUUUUAGCAAAUUUUAUAUACGUAAUCUGAAAGACUGAAUUACAGCAGUUAAUGUUUUUGUGUUAAUUACGUUAAGAAUACAUCAAAUAUCUUUCAAGGUGAAAAUAUUUACUAUAUUUAAUAGAAGAUGCCAUUUUUUCUCAAUUCAGCUUUUAAGAAAUAUUCUUUCUAUAAUAAAAAAAUUGUUUGCAUCCUAUUUAAUAGAAAUCUUUAUUGUCUUAUCUAUACUAUUAAAUGAGAAGACCUCAUUUUGUGUGUCGCUUCUCCUCCUUCCACAAUAAAUCAAUCAUCAUGCCUGUGUACCCUAUAGGUACCAUGCAUAGUAGCAUUUAUCAUCCUCUCUUACGAUUAUUCAGUUUGGGUUGUUUUGGGAGGAAAACGAAAAUAAAGGCGUCCGGAUAUUGUUUCCGUCAUCGGACUGAUUUUAAGUCACAGAAAAGACUUUAGUUUAGGACUGUUUUAAAAUUACACAUAAUUUUCAUAAGUACUUGGGGACAGGACAAGCAUUUUCACGUUUUUCUGUAUACUAUGAUCAAUCAUAUACUAUAAAUAAAGUGUAUUUGCUAUUUACUAUCAAUUCCAAUAGUUUACUAUCCACGGCGGUCACUGAUAUAUUAUAUAGAGUCUCUAUAGUAUUUAUAGUAUUAUACAUAAAAAUAGAAAACAAAAAUAACGGUCUUUGGAAAAAAAAGGGGGGAGGGCUAAAAAUAUUUUGUCCUGUCCACAAGUAUCUAUGACUUUUGAUACCUUUCCUGAAAUUCUCCAGUCAUAAAUCUUUAACAAAAAAUUAUCGUAAAACAAGUGUUUACAUACUUUCAAUUACGCUCUAAAUGCCCUCGAUUUCGCGGUUGUGUUCUUGUUCUUGUACCUUUAAAAACAUCAACACCAGUACAAUGUAAUUCAAAUCAAAGCCUGUUGUUUCUAAUGAUUUUCACUUGUGCUACCUUAAUUUAUUUAUAUGUAACAUUGAUAAGAUAUCUACUUUAUUUGGAUUGAUAAUUUGUAUACAGAACCAAAGUUUGGUUUGUUUUUGUGUUGCCUGCGAUAGUCCCAGAAUGAGAGACAUAGGGAUUUAAAUCCAGUUGUGAUGGCAGUGUAAACUAUUUUCUGUAAAGCUUUAUAUUUCAGAAGAAAAGAUAUUUAUGUGUUCACACUUAUUUCAUACUUGUUUAUCAUGACUUUUAGGCUGAUCUGAAAUUAAAAGAAUGUGGGAAAACUCACUAUAGGUCAAAUAAUCUUUAUCAAAUAAUUAUGACAACAUAGUCCAGGGAAAAUAUAAUAAAAUUUAUUUUGAAAUAAUUGAAUCGCUGAAGCCAGUGAAGCAACAGAAAAAUUACUUGUGUUUGCUUAACAAAACAUGAAAAUUGUUGUUCAGUAUCAAUAUUACACUUAUUAAAGAAAGAUUGUUCAAAAAGAUAUGAAUUUGUAACAUAAUAAUUAUGUACAUGUACAUGUAGUUGUAAUUAAUAGUAAUUAUGUACAUUAUUUAUUAUAUUUUUAUCAUGUAUCAAGACUAAGAUCAAUCUAAUAUUUAUCAAAUAAAAUUUAAUUCCUACUG